AUGCCUCCAGUAUUGAUCUGGGUAACCACUUGUAUAUCGUAUGUCAUACAGACUAGGCUGCUGUCCAAGAUUCAAUCGAAACAGUUUGCCCUCCAUGUGGCUGCUAUAACCAGAGAUAGUAGUAAAAUACAGACGGAUCACCCCAGUGACGAUAAUGGUCCAAAUGCAUUGACUGUUUAUUUGGCUUUUAUGUACUUUGGUGGUUGGUUGUUGUUAUUGCCGUUAAGUGCUUUGAUUAAAGAUGAAACUAGAACUAGCCUACUACCCUUAGGUGGCUCCUCAAACCAAAGGCCUGCCGCCAUUAGAUCACCUACCACAUCUAGUGAGCGUGGAUUGGCCAAUGGAGCCGACUCAGUAACUCCCUCUGUGACUUCUUCGACGUCUGCUUUAGAUAUACCACCAACGAUUGCUGAAGAGGAUCUACUAGCUGUAGAUGAAUUGAUCAUAGAUCGGUACUCCACAAUGUCAACUUCAGAUGUUUUGUAUUAUGUGGCAAAAUUAUCAUUCAUGUCGUUAACUGUGGUGGUCCCAAUGAUUUGCUAUAAUUUAGCAUUAGCAUUAUGCCCAGCUUUUGAAGUCGUAAUCAUGCAAAGAGUAUCAAUUUUCGAAAUAACUUCAUUGUUAUAUGGUGUCACCAAUAUUGCCAAGAGGAAAAGUUUAUUUACUAAAUAUGUCUUUAUGAUGGUCGCUUUAUUAAGUAUUUUGGUGAUCGGCUAUAAUAAAGCGACUUGUGAUUUAUUAGAUGGGAAAAUUAAAGUUAAUAAAGAAACUGGAGAAUUGGCUGAUCCUUUCUUAUUUGAUCGUUUGAAAGGUUAUUUAAUUUGUGGAUUGGGCUCUUUGCCCAUUGGUUUAUUUUAUGUGUUUUGGAAUACUUGGUUUAAUGGGCCAGAUGCAAAUCCAAAGAGACAGGGGCAUCAUUUAUCAAUGAUUGGUUUAAUAAGUAUGAUCAUGCUAUUACCGUUCUUCCCCAAGUUCCCCUUCUACAAUCACAAGAUUUCCCUUUUGUAUAGCAUCAAGUCAUUCUGGUUACCUCUAUUAUUUUCUGUGAUCUUUGGAACUGUACCAAAUUUACUAUCCAUCAUAUAUUUGAAUAGAAAUUACUCACCAGAAUAUUCUACUACAACUAAUUUGGGUUCUGUCAUUUUAAUGGGUAUCGUGGAAUAUAUAUUGGACCCAGAAAGUAAAACUAUUUUAAAAUGGGAAGUUAUUGGUUAUGCAACAGUUAUCGUGGCUUGCAUUUAUUUGUCAGUAGCUUACUAUGGUAAGAGAAAGUUUUUACGUUAA